AUGAAAGUUUAUUUGUACCUCCUCAGAGCUUUAUUCUCGGGCAAGAAGAUGGGCAGCCACGCAGGCGAACAUAAAUUAGGAGGUGGAUUUGUCUCAAUACCCUGUUUACCACCGCAUUUAGUCGCUAAAAUGGAGAGCAUACUUCUUGUUAUCAUUUGUUAUGCAAAAGAUUUGAAGACGUUCGGUAACGAAAAAAUUUUCAGAAAAGCCAUUGAUGAUUUCCAUUCUUUGUCAACAAAGGGCAUAAAAUUAAAUAUUGAUGAUCAAGAAAUAACAGUAUACUUUGAAUGUGUUUUAAUUUUAGGGGACAAACUUGGACUCAAUACAAUUUGUGGAUUUUAUCAAAACUUUUCAAAAUCAAAGUACUAUUGCAGAAUUUGUACUGCUUCUCAAGAGCAAUGUAAAACAUUGACUACAGAAAAUAAAAAUCUACUUAGAACAUUAAAGUCAAAUGAGGCAGACAUUUUAAUUGAUCCUUCGUUAUACGGGAUUAAGGAAUAUUGUAUUUUUAAUAGAAUACCAAAAUUUCACAUUAGCAAAAAUGUUACUGUGGACGCCAUGCAUGAUGUUCCUGAAGGAGUAGCAGUGUAUUCAACGGGCAAAGUAUUAGAAUCAUUAAUAGAUAAAAAAAUAAUAACUUUGGAAGAACUAAACCGUAGAAUUGAAACUUUUCCCUACAAUGACGUCGAAAAAUCGAAUAAACCGAUGCCCUUAUUUUACACACAGGGGAAAAAAUGUAAAAAAUUAAAAAUAAAACAAUCUGCAUCAGAAAUGCUUUGCCUGGUGAGAUACUUGGGACUUAUGAUAGGAGACUUAAUACCUGCAGGAAACGAAAACUGGAAAUUGUACCAAUAUAUUAGAAGGGCGAUAGGAAUUAUAACUUCCCCGAAAUUAAAUAUAAGUGAAAUUGCAGAAUUGAAAAAAUUAAUUUCGAAACACAAUGCAUUGUACAUUACUUUAUACGGUCCACUAAAACCGAAAAUGCACAUCUGGACCCAUUAUCCUACAGUGACUAUCAGAAAUGGUCCAGUUUGUCACUUUUCCUCGCUUAUGUUUGAACGUAAAAAUAGAAAAUUAAAGGAGAUAGCUGUUGGCACGUCAUCCAACAUAAACUUACCAUUGACCAUUGGUAUUCGACACCAGUUACAACUGUGUUAUACCAAAGAAUUUUGCACUAACGCAAAAAGCGACAUCACAUAUGGACCAAUUGACAACAAAAAUGCUCAGGAUGAAUUCUUAAAGCUGAUUCCAAAUAUUAAUAAGCAAUUGGAUGUUAAAACCUUUAAACACAUUGAAAUUUUACACCAUAAAUUUUCGGAGGGAACAAUUCUUAUUACACGAAUAGACGACAAAGGGCCUCAUUUUGAUCGAAGAAUAUAA